GGUCGGGCGUAUGAGGCAGCCCUCGCCGCCGCCGCCGCCGCUGCCGCCGCCGGGCUCGCUGCGGGAUGUGGUGCUGGACGUGGCCCCGGCGCUGAGCGGCCGCGCUGCCGCCGCCGCCGCCGCUAUGGGAACGAAAGCGAACGGUGCCAUGCUCCCGGAGCGCCUCCGCCUGCCCGUCUGCUUCCUGGGCGUCUUCGCCUGCUACUUCUACUACGGUAUCCUGCAGGAAACUAUCACACGGGGUCGCUACGGCGACGGAGCGAAGCAGGAGAAGUUCAAGUACGCCCUGACGCUGGUCUUCAUCCAGUGCGUGAUCAACGCUGCCUUCGCCAAGCUCCUGAUCCGUUUUUUCGAUGCUGUCAAAGCAGAUCGCACCCGGAGCUGGCUCUACGCUGCCUGCUCCCUUUCCUACCUGGGUGCCAUGGUUUCCAGCAACUCAGCCCUGCAGUUUGUCAGCUACCCCACCCAGGUGCUGGGCAAGUCCUGCAAACCCAUCCCAGUCAUGCUGCUGGGAGUGACUCUGCUGCGCAAGAGAUAUCCCCUGGCCAAGUUCCUCUGCGUGCUGCUGAUCGUGGCCGGGGUGGCUCUCUUCCUCUACAAGCCCCAGAGGGGAGCUGCCCCUGAGGAGCACACCUUUGGCUAUGGAGAGCUGCUCCUGCUGCUCUCCCUGACCCUGGACGGCCUGACCGGGGUGGCCCAGGACCACAUGAGGGCUCACUACCAGACGGGCUCCAACCACAUGAUGCUCAACGUCAACCUCUGGUCCACCUUGUUCCUGGGGGCCGGGAUUCUGUUCACUGGGGAGCUCUGGGAGUUCCUGAGCUUCACCGAGCGCUACCCCAGCAUCAUCUACAGCAUCCUGCUCUUCGGCCUCACCAGCGCCCUGGGGCAGAGCUUUAUCUUCAUGACUGUGGUGUACUUCGGGCCCCUGACCUGCUCCAUCAUCACCACCACUCGCAAGUUCUUCACCAUCCUGGCCUCUGUCAUCCUCUUUGCCAACCCCAUCAGCAGCCUGCAGUGGGUGGGCACCAUCCUGGUGUUCCUGGGCCUUGGACUGGAUGCCAGAUUUGGGAAGGGAGUGAAGAAGACAUCCCACUGAGGACUGCUUGGUCUCUGCAGCUGCCAUGGACUCUAACUUAUUGUCUUGUGCCUCCAGGCUGAGCUCUGGAGCUGGCCUCAGGAUAGGUAAUGCCAGGGGGGGAGCAUUUGGAUGGCCUUUGGUUCAGCUUUGGCUGGGGGGCUGAGCACUGAAUUGUCUCAACAUGGAACUGCCUGAGGUGGAAGUGGCACUGAGGCUUCUCCUUUCUCUUCCCUUCUUCUGUUUCCCCCCCUCCUGGUGAUCCCAGCUGCACUGCUGGAUCCCAGCAGCAGGACUAAACAUUCUUGCCUUAACAGGAGACCAAAGCAGAGCUUCAUGUCUGUAGGGAAGGAAAGAGAAGCCCAAAGGCAGGCAAGGGCCACAGCUGCAGGACCUCGGGGGGAGGUGGCUGAGCCCAGGGGGGAGCAGCAGCACAACCUCUCUGCUCUGUUAAGAGCUCUCUCAGUGCAGAGCUCCUGGAUUAAAGGCCUGUG